GUAAGUGCUGCUCAGACACUGCCAGUCCCCGGAUUUACCCCGCAGUCGAUCACUGUCCAGCAAUAACUACCAUGACUCGCAUGACCGUCUUUGGUUUCUUGGUAGCUAGUGCUGCCUUCGCGAGCGCUACAGGCGUAAACUUGGGCGCGCAGUGGGCUAACGUCAUAACGCGUUCCACCACAUCCUCGCCCCCAAACGCCACCGCAUCCUCUGGCAAGAAUGGCGGAGGAUGCUACGACGGCCAGUGCUGGGACUAUUGUGGUGACACGCUGAGUGGAUGGUGCUACACAGCUGUAGACCAAGGCGGAUCGACGCAGAACUGUACAUCGGAUAAUGACUGCAGCAUUUACUGGGCGUGCUCGUCCGACUGCGAGGCGAUGUAGCCCAGAAUACCACUUGUACAACGAAUGUAACAUUUAUUGGGUUCAAAGAGCUGUGCGUUAGUUUAUGGAAAGUUGAAUAUUGAAUUACACUGAGACCG